AAACAUUUUGAAAUAUACGUUGCUAGCGUUGAAACGAUUCAGUUGUAAUUCAGCGAGUGAGCGCGUUACUUAUAUUGUGGAUUGUUGUGAGUUCGUUUUCACUAAAAGAAAUAGUGCUGGCAAACGAGCUACGACAACGGCUAAAGAAAAAGUUAAAUUAUUAGCAAAGGAAAAAAUUUGUGAAUUAUUUUAUGUGCAGUUAAAUUAUUAAAAUAUUUCUAUGUUUCUGCCUGCAUAUAAAAUAUAUUGAUAUUAAAAGAGAAAGAGAUAUACUUAAAUUAAUUUAUAAAUAAAUAAACUUGUGAAAUUUUGCCUUGUGAGUUGGUAACUCAUGGAAUAAAACCACAAAAACGUGUAAAAAAGAACGCAAAAGUAAAAGCAUAAAAAUGUUUUCUAUAUAAGGAUUAGAAAAAGACUAACAAAAAGGUUGAAGAAAGCUAAACCAAUAUCAUAUAUAUAAUAAUAAAAAAAAGCCGUGAUAACUGUGUAUUUACAUAUGUAUAUGUAAAGCAAAUAUAAACUGUGAUAAGAACUGUUAAACUAAAAUAUAGAACCGUGACAUUUAACAUUAACAAGCAACAAAAUGCAUAACGUAAAUAAUGUACUAGAUCAACAUAACAUUGGUGUUUCGCCUCACCUAAAAACGCACGUUGGCGUUUUAAACUACUCACCACCAUCACCCGCUUCAUCGCUCAGCUCCGAAUCACUGGAUGGUGAUAUAAACUCACCUGGUCCGUGUUCUCCAGCGUCUGCUGCAGCUCGUUUGCAUGGCAGCAAUGAUGGUGAUGACCAUUUUUGUACGCCGAAAAAAUCGCUGGCGGAUUCUGGCGUGCUGGGACGCAUACGUGUAAAACUGGGCACACCUGGUGUACUCUGCGAAAUGCAUGCCCUUAGCACUGAACAAAGAGCUAAUGUGGAUACGGCGAAAUUGUUUAAAAAUCGUUUUCUGCUUAGCACCUCAGUGCAUAAGCUGCCUUUAAGUCAUGCUGCCAAAACGCCCGCCUCUUAUCGUCAUCUCGUUGGUCUCACCACUUCCACGCUUAAAUGUACCGAUGUGUUUACUAACGCCGAAUAUGGUUGUAAAGUUAUCAACGAACCAUUUCCCAAGGUGCAACGUGCAUAUUAUGAUAUAAAAUGUGCAGGUGAAUUGGCGCGUAGCUCUUUGUAUGGGCACACGCUGAUAAGAGAUGUACAUGAAAUUGUGCCCGCGGAUAAGUCACGUUCCUAUCUUGUCAUUGCACCGCCAAAAGCUGAAGAAGGUGCCGAGGGUGUAUUCGAAGAUCUGCAUACUUAUAUGAGACAAUGUAGACGACUUUGUGAUAAGGAGGCAAAAGCUUUGUUCCAUCAAAUAGCGGAGACAGUGCUACUCUGUCACAAAAAUGGAAUUAUUUUGCGUGACUUAAAGCUGAAGAGAUUUUUCUUUAUUGAUCAAGCGAGAACAAAACUUCAGUAUGAAUCACUCGAAGGCUCCAUGAUACUCGACAAUCCCGCGGAUGACACACUGACCGACAAAAUUGGCUGUCCACUCUACACCGCACCCGAACUACUGUGCCCGUUGCCCAACUACAAGGGCAAACCCGCCGAUAUGUGGUCAUUGGGCGUCAUACUCUACACGCUGCUCGUCGGCCAAUAUCCGUUCUAUGAGCGGCCCAACUGUAAUCUAAUAACAAUGAUACGUCACACGACAUUGCAAAUACCAUCAAUCAUCACGCGACCGGCGCGUUGGCUACUGCAGUUGCUGUUAAGUAAAGACUAUACGGAACGUUUGAAAGCAGAUGAGGUAUUCAUUACGCCCUGGGUGAGAGAUCAGGCCAAACCAUAUUAUGCACAAGUGCCUGAGGACAUAAGUUUCUUUGCCGAUGAUGCUGAAAUGGAAUAUGAUGAUAGCGAACUUGUUAAUGCCAAUGUCUUGGAGGCGCAGUCAUCAACAACAACAACAACAAAUGAAAUGGAGACACAACAGCCAAUGCAUUACUUAAAAGACUGCCCGGAGGGAAAUAGCAACACAGAUAAUGUUGUUCCCGCCAUUCCACAACUACACCAACAAGACUACCUAACUGCUGACUGUGAUACUAGUAAUACACAACCCAUAGAUUAUUCGCUGCGCGCAGCCGCAAAUGGCAGCAGCUCAUCACCCAUAACUAUCGACUUGGAUAGUGACGAGGAAAUGAGCUGAUUACACCGCCACACACACACAUACACCUGGACAUACUCCAUAUGAUAGUAUGCUAUAGCAGCGGCAGCAACGGCGGCAGCAGCAGCAGAAAACAUUUUGACGUCAACUAGUGUGGUAGGGCAGUCGCUGAGUAAAUUAUUUAAUUAAAAGCAAGUAGAAAAAUCUCAAAGCGCAGGCGCUGUAAGAUGUCUCGAAACGCCUCCCACCGUAAAGCAGUCGAAAAGCAAAUCGAACACAUAUACAUAUUAUAUGCAGGCAUAAACAUCAUCAACGUAUGUGCGUUGUACGUAGCCGUUUGCCGCCAUUACUAAUAGUAUCCGUCGUUAUAUGUAUGUAUGUACAAUACGUUUUAUGUUCACUGGCAGUGGAAUAUUGUCAAGAGCGUUGAUCGCCGCGACGCAGGAUGUGAGGCGCGCGCGCGAUCAUCACGCAGACGUGUCUAAAGGACACGCACCAGCCCCAAGGCGCACGCUCGACCUGUUGUGGUUGCAAGCGUCUUGCUGUGGCGUUAAAGCUUUUACGCUUUUUAUAAAGGAAAUUUAUAUAAUUUAGUGUAACAAAUUGUUCCUGACAUCACCCGCCUUCCAUUUUAUAUUAAAAAAAAAAAAAAAUCAAAUACUUAGUAUUUUUUCUAUGAAAGUAAUUUUAUGUAUGUACAUACAUAUGUACAUAUGUACAUAUCAUACAUACUACAUAUACACGUAUAUGUAAAUGUAAAAAGAAAAUAUUCUAAACUGCCUUUUUCUGUAUGUAUUUGCAGUAGUUUUAUUUAAACAUUCGAAUUUCGCUGAAUAUUGUUGAGUUUUCAUUUCCCCACACACCACAAUGUACAAUUAUAAUUAAUUAUUAUAAUGUUUAAGUGUGAAAAAUUGCAAGAAAAACUAUGCAACAGCUGUGCUAUAUAUUGGUUAAUUUUUGUAUCGAAACUCUAGAGUAGAAGCUGAAUUUUGUUAUGAUUUGUAUGAACUAAGUAACUAAGUGUGUUGCAAAAGAGAGACACACAUUCUCCACCAAGAAAAGAAAAUCAAAAAAAAAAA